GGUGGACUGCAGGGGUGCAGAGAAUUCCUCUCGAUGGGGUGCGGAGGGAGUAGAUAUUCUGGGAUAUCGCUGGCAGCACACCGCGGAGAAACGUGUUUCUUUGGCGUUUUUUCGAGCCUGAAAUCCAAGGAAGAAUUCGUGAAGUCCUUCAAGUGAGGAGGGAUUCCUUGAAUGGGCUGAGGAAUAAGUUAUUUUCCCCCUGCACAACCCUCCACAAGUCGCCACAAAGUCAUUGGCGACAAUGCUCUCAGAUCGUUGCUCUUUAACCACGGUGGAUCUGGUUUCCUUCGUAUCGGGGCUCGGUCGGAGCUGAGAGCCGGACCCGGAGGGCCUCCAGGCACCGGUCCCUUCAGACCGUCCUCUUCGAGCCGUGGUCGUUGGGAGUCCUUCUGGGAUCAGCAGGGAUUUACUCGCUCGCUGCUGAAAGUGCGCGACUCAAACGGAUGAAUAUUUUUAUGAGCCAUCUUGUAGCAGAGAUGGGCCAGGACCAAACCAAGCAGCAGAUAGAGAAGGGCCUAAAGCUGUACCAGUCCAAUCAGACAGAGAAGGCUCUAGAUGUCUGGACCAAAGUCUUGGAGAAGACUUCGGAUCCUGGAGGGAAAUUCCGUGUGUUGGGGUGUUUGAUAACCGCCCACUCAGAAAUGGGGAAAUAUAAACAGAUGCUUAAGUAUGCCCUAGCCCAGAUAGACACAGCCAGGGAGAUGGAGGACCCCGACUACCUGACGGAGGGCUACCUAAACCUGGCCCGCAGCAAUGAGAAGCUCUGUGACUACCAGAAGACCGUGUCCUACUGUAAAACGUGCUUGGACAUGCAGGGGACCACCGUCAGCCUCCAGCUCAACGGACAGGUGUGCCUGAGCAUGGGCAAUGCUUUCCUGGGUCUCAGCGUGUUCCAGAAGGCCCUGGAGAGCUACGAGAAAGCCCUGCGCUAUGCACACAACAACGACGACAAGAUGCUGGAGUGCAGAGUGUGCUGCAGUCUAGGGAACUUCUACGUUCACCUCAAGGACUACGAGAAAGCCCUGUUCUUCCCCUGCAAAGCCGCCGAACUGGUCAACGACUACGGCAAAGGCUGGAGUCUGAAGUACCGCGCCAUGAGUCAGUACCACAUGUCGGUGGCGUACAGGAAGCUCGACCGCCUGCCCGACGCCAUGGAGUGUUGUGAGGAGUCCAUGAAGAUCGCCCUGCAGCAUGGCGACCGCCCUCUUCAGGCUCUGUGCUUGCUCAACUUUGCUGACAUCCACCGCUGUAGGAAAGAUGCUGAUGUAAGCCAAAGCUUUCCCCCCUACGAGUCGGCCAUGUGCAUCAUGACCGAGAUCGGGAACCGUCUGGGACAAGCACAGAUCUACCUGGGCGUGGCAAAGUGCUGGCUUCUGCAGAAAGACCUGGAUAAGGCUCAGGAGUCUUUGCAUCGAGCUGAGGAGUUGGCUGAGGAAUUGGGUAACAAGCUGUGCACUCUGAAGGUGUGCUGCCUGAGCGAGGGCAUGUUCCGCAGCCGGGGGCAGGGCGAGCAGCUCCGGCAGCAGGUGGUCAAGCUGCUGCAGUGCGUGGAAGAGCUGGAGCUCUACUGCGGGAUGUGCGGCGAGUCCAUCGGCGAGAGGGACCAACAGCUGCAGGCCCUGCCCUGCUCGCACAUCUUCCACCUCAAAUGCCUGCAGACCAACGGGACACGGGGCUGCCCUAAAUGCCGCCAAUCCUCUAUGAAGCCCGGGUUUGUUUGACCCGCGUGCCGGGACCUUCCCCUAAGCACGCGUUGGGUCUGCGCGACAUCAAGCACACACAGAGAGCCCCAGCCGGGUAUACGGUAGACUCUUCUUACCCAGCAGGUGGUUCAACGUCCGGACGGCCUGGAGAUGUGGACACCGCUUCACCCGGUAUCAGGAGAACGUGCUCCGUUCCCCCGUCGGCCUGGCGGGACGCUGAACAAGAACUGGGCCGGUGUUGAGGGACAGCGUUAAGGAGUCAACAGUCCUUAGAGGAUAUUUACAGAUGCCUGUCUCUGAGCCAAAGCUUACUUGGCAUUAGGAGGGAAAGUAUUUCACAUUAAAAGGUCUGGUCGAUUGAAGCCCUUGUUGUAUCUGAUCGCUGACCAUCAAAUACAAUCAUAGGGACACACAGAGGAAUCCUGCCCGUAAAACAUGUGGUUCAAUAGUAGGCCACUAUAUAUUUGAUAGUUUGGUUGGAAAAGUGAAGCAUAAUAUGUGUGCCAUACAUGAAACAGUUGCCGGAUAAAAGAGAAUUAUUCUGUAUUCUACAUCUGUGGGUAGUCUUUGUUAUGUUUACUUAAAUGUGCUCC